ACUGUAUUCACCCGUUAUACGGCGGCACUGAACGGUGUUAGACCGGCUCCGGCCGUGCAGCCGGGAUGUAUGCUGUAGACGGUCACCUCCUCCUGGUUUCGGUGUAAAAAAAAAAAAGAAAGAAAAACUAAAAUUAAUAAGAGACUGAGAGUAGAGAGAGUGUGUAGUGCAGGCGGGUUCUCUCUGCAGACAUGGCCUUUGAGAGCCUGUUCUCCAGACCCCCCAACCCAGCCCCAGACACCCACAUGACAGAGUGUCAGCAUGCAGGGGACGAAAGGAAGGAGGGAGAGUUGGAAGACGGCGAAAUAGAUGAUGCCGGGUUUGAGGAGGAAGAACCAGAAGAAGUGAAGGAAGAGGCCAAAGAGGAAGAAGAGGAGCCUCGGGAAGAGAGGCCUCAUAAAAAGUCCAAGAAGUCGAAAAAGAAAGUGAAAGUGAAGAAGAAACACCGCCACAAAACCAAGCACAAGCGCACCACACCAUCCAGCGACGAGAGCUCGGACUACAGCUCGGACGAUGACCACGCUGAGAGGCCUCGCAAGGUUCCCAAGUACCGAGAUUACGACUCUCAUUACAGACAUCAUGGACGUGGCGGUUACAUGUCCUCCUCAAAGUCUAUGCACAGCAAGAAAACCCCGCCUGACUAUGACGGCUACAGCAACUACAGCGAUGGCAACUACAAUGAAGAAGAUGAGGACUUUGCUGAGCAGCUGAAACACUACCGGCAAGCGAAGGAGAACCCCGACGUGGAUGAACCUCCUUAUAAGAAGCCAGCCAUGAAAGGGAUGCCGACAGGGCCAGAACAGAAAGGGUACUACUAUGGACGGGGCCUCGGGCCACACAAGAAGACAAUGCAUAAAGACCGAGGCCGAGGAAGAGGGUCUCAUAAAGGGCUGAACCCUUAUUAUCAAGAUGGCUUCCAAGAGGAGAAUAAACAUGGGAAGAAAUGGGUGGCGAUGAGUCAAGAAUUCAUCAAUCAGCAUACAGUGGAACGCAGAGGGAAGCAGAUCUGCAAGUAUUUCUUGGAGGCCCGAUGUAUAAAGGGAGACCAAUGCAAGUUUGAUCAUGAUGCCGAGAUAGAAAAGAAGAAAGAAAUCUGCAAGUUUUACAUACAAGGUUACUGUACAAGAGGCGAGAACUGUAUUUACAUGCAUAAUAAUUUCCAGUGCAAGUUUCACCAUACAGGGACAACGUGCUACCAAGGAGACAACUGCAAAUUUUCUCACGACCCCCUUACUGACGAGACCAGGGAGCUACUGCACAAGGUUCUGAACACGGAAGAAGAAGCGCAGCACGACAUGGAUGAGGAGAUGGAGGAAGAGCCGCAUCAUGGGUCAAAGUUUUACAAUCAAUCGUACAUGGGAAUGCAGUACCAAGGAAAUCACCCGUCUUUGUACAACUCUGAGCCCCUGCCUGACCCGGGGCCCCUGCCGCCACCGCCAAUGUAUGGGAACUCAGGCGUGAAUGCAUCAUUCAACUCCUCCGCAGGCCACGGUAUGAACCAUCAGAGAGAAGGUCCCAGUGUCCACCCACCGCCAUACCACCACAGUGCAGACGAGCAGCCGCAUGGAAUGCAGCAACAAAGCAGCUAUCAGUCUGUACAGAGUGCACCUGCGUACUAUGAGAACUACUACUCCCAGCAGGCCGUUCAUAGCGUGAAACCUUCCAGCGUUCCUGAAUCUAUGCAUAAAGUUUUAUUUUCAAGAAUUGGAAAAACGAUGGACGGCGGGGACACGAGUCAACCUCCGCCACAGAGAUCCAUGAGUAGAGAAGAAGAUGAAUUUGCAAACUGGUAUAGCAGUGAGGAAGAGGAUGGUAGCGGCGUUAGUUCCAUCUUAAAAACCCUGCGGAACCAAACCAAACUGGCCAGGAACAACACCACCGAGCAGCAGCCGGCCCCUCAAGUAUGUGACCCAAGGCUGGCAAAAGAGAGGGCUGUUGGUGGCCAGCCAUUCGAUCCUAGACUAAGACUUCACCCGGGACAAAGUCCCGGACAUCACGUGGAGAGUGCCACAUCUGAUCCCAGAAACACACGGGACCCCAGGAAGAUUAAACUAGAGACCUCUGCCGUUAGCCACCUUCCUCACUCAGGAGGGAACGUUAAGCCGAGAGGGAAUGAUGAUGAGGAUGAGGAUGCCGAGAGGGAACUAAGAGAGAAAACCGCAGUCAUACCGCUAGAAACCUUACCAGGGGUAAGUCUAAGGGACCCGCGCUGUAAGCUGAGGCAAUUCAGCCACAUUAAAAUGGACAUUGUACUGUCCAAACCCAACUUUGCAAAACUUAUUGUGUGGGCACCUGAGGAUCUACUCCCAGUCCCCCCUCCAAAACCUGACCCAGUUUCAUCCAUAAAUCUUCCAUUACCUCCACUAAUUGCUGACCAGAGGCUUAAUAAAUCCAGGCCCCUGGUCACGGAGGUGCUUCAGUCCGGUUCUGACCCAAGACUGGAGAGGGUGGAUCCCAGACUGGAGCAAAAAGCGAAACAAGCGAUCAUUUCAGUCAAAGGCAGCUACGUGGAACCAGCAGCAGCAGCAGAUUCGCAUGUGACAAUCCACAAAAUGAACGACCCCCGUCUCCAAAAGAGCCUUCAGUCCCGACUUCAUAGAUUCCCCAGCAAUGACAGCCAGCCGAGCGCAGCAAAGGAGUCCUUGCCACCUAAAGUUGACCCCCGCUUGGCAGCAAGAUCAUCCAUAAGUUCACCACCAACAUCCGUGAAGCCUGCCCAAGAAGUCCUUUCAUCAUACGCUCCAAAAACGUCCCCUUCUGGCAGCAGAUUGGGUAGUCCUGUGUCCAUACUGAAAAAUAUCAGUCUGUACAGGCAACGAGACGGCUCCACAACAUCAGCAGAUACCGUUCCGACUUCCAUAGGAGAAAACGGAGACCAUGAAAAAAAGACUGAGGAUGCGGGCAAGCCGAGCAAAGACGAGUCUGAGGAAACGGAGGAGAAGCCUCAGCAGCCCAUCGGAGAACCCACUAUUAAGAGUCCGGAGGACAGUGAGGAUAAGGUCGACUGCCCCGCCGACAAAGAGGAGGCAACCGAUAAAAACACCACAGCACAGGUGCCCGCCAUUCACAACCUCCCCGUCUCAGCUUUGGCGGGACUUAUACGGCCUCAGUACAGCGAUCCGAGGCAGAUCAAACCAGCAGCUCCAAGCCAAGGCCCAGAAACCAAAGCAGAAGGCGAAGGGGACGGCAAGCCGCUGAAAGACGUUUUCAAAACCUUCGACCCCACGGCUUCUCCAUUCUGCUAGCGGCACUCCAGUUUCUUAGGUUUUUGUAUUUCCUGUCCUGUGCCGGCCAAGCUCCGGCCUCUCCCCGUCUCCGUUAUUUAUUUGUACAUUAAACCACGCUCCUCCGCGCCGCUCCCCGUGUACAUUUCUGCCGUGCCGGCUGCAUUUCCUGUGGUAUUGUAUUUUUUAUUCCUAUGCUAGUGGAUCAUGUGAUAGAGAAAGCGACAUAACAGGCUGCAACCAAGCACUUUCACUGUAAAUAGGGCACAAUGUGAAGAUUAUACAUGUAUAUGGUAUGUGCUAUGCUCAUGACGGUGUAAAUUAGAUAUCUCCGCUUAAUAGCAAGUCUGGGGGGGGGGGGUUAUUAAAGGGGUGUUCCAGUCUGCGACAUCUCUAGGAUAUGCCGUCAGUGUCAGAUAGGUGCACCUCUCAGCUCUUGGACCCGCUCCUAUCUCCAAAACGAGCCCUCUGGAGUAAACAGAGAGCAGCCGCACAUGCGCCGCCACCCUCCGUUCACCACUAUAGUUGAGCGCUGACUUCGAUUUUUUUUCAACAGUCCCAUAGUGGUGAAGGGAAAUGCGGGACUUCUGAAAAUAGCUGAGGACUCCCAUAGAGAACAGUAUUUUACUUUUAGACCCCCGUUCU